AUGGCAGAUACAAUCACAGCCCAAACAGCGCAGGAACCUUCCAUCAGCAGCCCUCCUGCUCGUAAGAGACAGAGAUCCUCCAAACAGGAAGUGGCUGGCAAGAUCAAGGCCAAGGCAAUCUCUGCAAAAAGGCCUUCCAAAGCUGCGGAUAGAGAGGCUAAGCGACGACACCAGGCCCUAGAGAAACAAUUUUCUCAAGUGGAAAGGAGGCAAAAUUCCACUGAGGAGGAAUUAGAGCCACCCAAUUACAGGGAGGAGGAAAUAUUUGGGCCAAGGAAGCCUAGUCAGGACCCUCUGGAAGCUGAAGCUGAUACGGAACAGGGGAAUGGAUCUUCCCUAAGCGAGAGGCCUGGAGAUCUGGGUUCAGAAUCAGGCACCCAUCGCUCAGACAUUCAUGCAGCAAUGUCUUCAGAGCACCUACAAUCCCUGAUAUCUCAGGCUGUUGCACAAGCCAUGGCCUCCUCAAGGCACCAUUGUUCCAGAACAGGGUCUGUGGCUUCAAGGGGUGCCUCCUUCUCCCAAGAGGAGGCCUCUGUAUACCAAGACUCUAUUUCUUCCUUUAGGUCCUCCAGAAGCAGGAGGGCUCCUGCGGAGGACCACGAGCUUACGGACCAGAGGCUGUCCGAUGAAGAGGAUGUAUCUCCAGAUCCUCCUCCGUUUGUGGGCCUCUUUAACCCGUCCUUAUUCAAGACACUGCUGCACAAGGCCAGCAGCACCGCAAACAUCGAGAGGCCCCCGAUUCCACAGAAAGAACCUUCCACUGGUCCCUCAACUAUUAUAUGCAGCUUCCAAGGACAUGUGCAGAAAGGCUUAGUUCUAGAACUAGGAGAAACUGUUCAGAUCUUGGAAAAAUGUGAAGGCUGGUACAGAGGAAUUUCAAUAAAGAGACCUAGCAUAAAGGGAAUCUUUCCUGCAAAUUACAUUCAUUUGAAAAAGGCACUUGUCAGUAACAGAGGGCAGUAUGAAACAGUUGUUCCACUUGAAGAUUCUGUUAUUACUGAAGUUACAGCAACUCUCCAGGAAUGGGCUAUGCUCUGGAAGCAGUUAUAUGUGAAACAUAAGAUAGAUCUGUUCUACAAGCUACGCCAUGUGAUGAAUGAAGUGAUUGAUCUUCGCAGACAAUUACUUUCUGGUCAUUUGACCCAGGAUCAAGUUCGAGAAGUCAAGAGACAUCUCACUGUACGAUUGGACUGGGGAAAUGAGCAUUUGGGCUUGGAUCUUGUCCCACGGAAGGACUUUGAGAUUGUGGAUUCUGAUCAGAUCAGUGUGUCUGAUCUAUACAAAAUGCAUUUAUCCAGUAGGCACAGUGUGCAACAAAGCAUAUCACAGGUGGAUACGAUGAGGCCACGCCAUGGAGAAGUAUGCCGUCUGCCAGUACCUCACCANNGGAGGAGAACCACCGCUCUUCAGAACUGCCAAGGAGAGAGAUCUCUAGUAUAUUGGUUGGGUGCAGUGAGAGGUCAGUUUGAAAGAUUUCUGGUAAGGUUGAACAAGAAUGGGGGUGCCAAGAAUCCAGAGAAGAUUGAUCGGAUGUGUACACUUUUCACAGACCUUGGCAGCAAAGAUAUGAAGAAAGAUUUGUACAUAGUUGCCCAUGUAAUCCGAAUAGGACGUAUGUUGCUAAAUGACUCAAGAAAGGGUCCAUCUCACCUGUAUUACCGGCGUCCAUAUGGCUGUGCUGUAUUGAGUGUCUUGGAUGUAAUUCCAUCAAUUUCUGAACUCAAAGAAGAAAAGGAUUUUGUUCUCAAAGUUUACACGUGCAACAAUGAGAAUGAAUGGUAUCAGAUCCAUGAAAAUAUAAUUCGCAAGUCGAGCACCAAAUAUACAGCACCCAGUUCAAAUUAUGGACUUAUAAUUUCUCUUCAGCUUCUCCGUGGAGAAAUGGAACAAAUUCGAAGAGAAUAUCCUAUUAUCUUUAACAGAGGGGUGUCUAUUACAAGAAAAGUAGGAUUCCCAGAUGUGAUCAUGCCUGGUGAUAUACGAAAUGAUUUGUACCUGACUUUAGAGAAAGGAGACUUUGAGAGAGGUGGAAAAAGUGUUCAAAAGAACAUAGAAGUAACUAUGUACGUUCUGUAUGCAGAUGGAGAGAUUCUAAAGGACUGCAUUAGCUUAGGCUCAGGAGAGCCAAAUAGAAGUAUGUAUCAUUCGUUUGUUCUCUAUCAUAAUAAUAGCCCUCGCUGGGGAGAGGUCAUCAAACUCCCAAUUCCCAUUGACAGAUUCCGUGGGUCUCACCUCCGUUUUGAAUUCAGACACUGUUCCACAAAAGAUAAAGGAGAAAAGAAGCUCUUUGGCUUUGCAUUUACACCAUUAAUGAGAGAUGAUGGCACUACCCUAUCUGAUGAUAUUCAUGAGCUUUAUGUUUAUAAGUGUGAUGAAAACAGCACAUUCAAUAACCAUGCACUUUACUUGGGUCUUCCAUGCUGCAAAGAAGAUUAUAAUGGUUGUCCCAACAUCCCUUCAAGCUUGAUUUUUCAGCGCAGCACCAAAGAGUUGUUUUCAAUCACUACUCAACUGUCUUCUACCAAACUUACUCAGAAUGUGGACCUGCUUGCUCUUCUGAAGUGGAAAGCUUAUCCAGAUCGUGUAAUGGAUAUUUUAGGUAGACUACGCCAAGUUAGCGGUGAAGAAAUUGUUAAGUUCUUGCAGGAUAUUCUGGAUACAUUGUUUGUGAUUCUGGAUGAUAACACAGAAAAAUAUGGACUUCUGGUCUUUCAAUCUUUGGUUUUUAUCAUAAAUCUUUUGCGUGAUAGUAAAUAUUUUCAUUUUCGACCUGUAAUGGACACUUAUAUUCAGAAGCACUUUGCAGGAGCUCUGGCAUAUAAAGAACUCAUCCGCUGUUUGAAAUGGUAUAUGGAUCGAUCAGCUGAAGUAGUACGACAGGAUCAUAUUCAAGAAGCAAUGCGGGCAUUGGAAUAUCUUUUCAAGUUUAUUGUUCAAUCUCGGAUCCUUUACUCCAGAGCUACUUGUGGAAUGGAGGAGGAACAAUUCAGAAUCAGUAUCCAGGAACUUUUCCAGUCCAUCAGAUUUGUACUCAGUUUGGACAGCAGAAGCUCUGAGACUCUCAUCUUUACACAGGCUGCUCUAUUGAAUUCUUUCCCUGCAAUUUUUGAUGAGCUAUUGCAGAUGUUUACAGUACAGGAAGUAGCAGAGUUUGUGCGAGGAACUCUUGGGAGCAUGCCCAGUACAGUGCAUAUUGGACAAUCUAUGGAUGUGGUUAAAUUGCAAUCUAUAGCUCGUACAGUAGACAGUCGCUUAUUUUCUUUCUCAGAAUCCCGGCGAAUCUUAUUACCUGUGGUCCUUCAUCAUAUUCAUCUUCAUCUGAGACAACAAAAAGAGUUGCUUAUCUGCUCUGGAAUUCUUAGCAGUAUCUUCUCUAUGUAUAGAAACAUUAGCACUGAUACAGAUGUAAUUGAGGAGGUAGAAAUGAUGGUGGAGAGCCUCCUGGAUGUACUAUUACAAACUCUUCUGACUAUUAUGAGUAAAUCACAAUCUCAGGAGGCGGUAAGAGGGCAGCGUUGUCCACAAUGCACAGCUGAAAUCACUGGGGAAUAUGUAUCCUGUCUUUUGUCUCUACUUCGUCAGAUGUCUGACACUCACUUUCAACAUCUACUGGAAAAUUUUCAGAGUAAAGAUGAGCUAAAGGAAUUUCUUCUGAAGAUUUUCUGUGUGUUUCGAAAUCUGAUGAAGAUGAGUGUCUUUCCUCGAGAUUGGAUGGUGAUGAGAUUACUCACCAGCAAUGUAAUAGUUACAACAGUGCAGUAUCUGUCUGCAGCACUACAUAAGAAUUUCACGGAAACAGAUUUUGAUUUUAAGGCCUGGAACUCUUAUUUCAGCUUGUCUGUUUUAUUUAUCAACCAACCCAGUCUGCAGCUAGAAACAUUUAUUCCAGCUAAGCAGAAAAAGAUUCUGGACAAAUAUGGUGAUAUGCGUGUGAUGAUGGCAUAUGAGCUUUUCAGCAUGUGGCAGAAUUUGGGGGAACAUAAAAUUCACUUUAUUCCUGGAAUGAUCGGUCCUUUUCUGGGUGUCACACUUGUCCCACAGCUAGAGGUCCGCAACAUUAUGAUCCCCAUUUUUCAUGAUAUGAUGGACUGGGAACAGCGAAAAAAUGGCAACUUUAAACAGGAGACAGAUGUAAUUGAGGAGGUAGAAAUGAUGGUGGAGAGCCUCCUGGAUGUACUAUUACAAACUCUUCUGACUAUUAUGAGUAAAUCACAAUCUCAGGAGGCGGGGGAAUAUGUAUCCUGUCUUUUGUCUCUACUUCGUCAGAUGUCCGACACUCACUUUCAACAUCUACUGGAAAAUUUUCAGAGUAAAGAUGAGCUAAAGGAAUUUCUUCUGAAGAUUUUCUGUGUGUUUCGAAAUCUGAUGAAGAUGAGUGUCUUUCCUCGAGAUUGGAUGGUGAUGAGAUUACUCACCAGCAAUGUAAUAGUUACAACAGUGCAGUAUCUGUCUGCAGCACUACAUAAGAAUUUCACGGAAACAGAUUUUGAUUUUAAGGCCUGGAACUCUUAUUUCAGCUUGUCUGUUUUAUUUAUCAACCAACCCAGUCUGCAGCUAGAAACAUUUAUUCCAGCUAAGCAGAAAAAGAUUCUGGACAAAUAUGGUGAUAUGCGUGUGAUGAUGGCAUAUGAGCUUUUCAGCAUGUGGCAGAAUUUGGGGGAACAUAAAAUUCACUUUAUUCCUGGAAUGAUCGGUCCUUUUCUGGGUGUCACACUUGUCCCACAGCUAGAGGUCCGCAACAUUAUGAUCCCCAUUUUUCAUGAUAUGAUGGACUGGGAACAGCGAAAAAAUGGCAACUUUAAACAG